AUGCCGAAUGUAAAUGUGAAAUGGGGCAAAGAAAAGUAUCAAGUUUUACUCGAUUUUGAUGAACCACCACUUGUAUUCAAAUCCCAACUAUUUGCUCUUACUGGAGUACCUCCUGAUCGCCAAAAAGUUGUCGUUAAGGUUAGUUUGCUUGAAAGUUGGCUUUUCAAUCUUAUUAUUAUGAGGGAAGCAGCGGAAAAUGAGGAGAAAUCUGUCAAACUGCCAAACGGGUUGAAAAAUCUUGGCAAUACCUGCUACAUGAAUUCAGUUCUUCAAAGUUUCAAGGUAAACUAUUAUGGUUCGGUUAACUGUUUAAUCAAAUUUCAGCUUUCUUGCUUCUUAUCACAAGAGGUUAGGUAUAUUCAAAGUGGGAUCAAAGAGAAGCUCUCUGGAGAAAUCGAAAAAACAAGUAAUGUACUUGGACGAAAUGCCAAAUGGGAGCGACAUGUACUUAUUGAUCGUCUGCCAGCCUAUGUUUCUGUACAAAUGGUCCGUUUCUUCUACAAGGAAUCAAGCCAGGUGAACGCAAAAAUCUUGAAAGACGUGAAGUUCCCAUUAAUUCUCGACCUAUGUGAUAUUUGUACGCCAGCAUUGCAAGAACGGUUACGUCCAAUGCGAGCCGCUGUGAAGAAAGAAGAGGACGCUAAAAUCGAACGUAUGCGAAAGCACAAGAUCGAUGGCACGGAUCCAAAGGAUGUUGAAGAUGACGGAAAGCCAUUGCCGUUUUCAUUCCCUGAUGAUGAAGGGAGCAAUAACUCUGGAUUCUACGAAUUGAAAGCCGUAAUAACUCAUAAAGGUCGGUCUUCGAAUUCGGGACAUUACGUCGCUUGGGUUCGCCUAGCUGAAGACAAAUGGGCUAUGUGUGAUGACGAACACGUAUCACCUGUGCUGAGGUUGUCGGGUGGAGGUGAUUGGCAUUGUGCAUAUGUCCUACUCUAUGGACCACGUAUAGUGAAGGAAUAUCCCGAGCUGAAGGAGGAAAAAGAGAAUGUAGUGGAACAAACAAAGGAAAUGGAAACUAUGCAAACGAACUGA